AUGAACGUAUUCAACAUUCGAAGAAUUCGCCGUGAAGACACCGUGGAUGUUUCCCGGAAAGUGAAAGACAGCAGUAUUGCCAGGGCUGUCAAUGACGAUUUCGGUGAUCCAGUCGAGGAUGACAAAUAUUUGGAAGUUUUCCAAUCAUUGUCUCGAGCUCUGCAGCUUAAGAAACCUAAUUAA